UGACGGGUUGCAAAAUUUGUCAGAACACCGGCGGGCGGUCACCGGAAUAGCACGGCAUUCGGUUUUUGCGGGGAGUCGGUCAGUCGCAGGAGGUGCGCGUGUUGACAAAAGCAGCAAUUCUAGGAUGGCCAAUAUUCACCAGCCUUCACGUUGAAGAAGACGCAGCAUCUUGUUCCUUUAUCAGCAUGAAGACCACAGAAGAGAAGCUAAUCAAUCGAGGCUCGGAGGAUGAGAUGGAGGUGCGGGGCUACCGGCCCAGCCUGUGCAGAAUGACGCCGGUGGCCGUCGGCGGCGUUUGCACGGGCGGCCUGCUCUUCUUGCUUUUCUACUGGCUGCCCGAGUGGGGGGUCAAAGCGUCGUUCCGGCGCUGCUCCUUGAAGGAGGCGCGGAUACUUCUGCUCAGGACCACCGAUGAAGAACGGACGUGGAUUUGUGUCAAAGUACACGUCUUGUCGGCUCCGGGGUUGACCCCAUUCGAUAGUGGGACUACUCCGCCCCUUAAAGAAGAGCGGCGGGGCUUGGCGGAUGAAAAUCAGGGCUUGAUUCCCAGAGAGUCUUUCAAGGUCCAUUACUUCACCCACAAGAGAAUCAAAUACUACUGGAAUGAAAGCACACGGAACUUUGAACGAUUUAAGGGCUUAGAGGACAACAAGGUAACUUGUGCAGAGAUACACAGGGACCACAGCUCUGGACUUAGGAAAACCUUGCAGCGACAAAGAGCGUUAUUCUUUGGCGUCAAUGAGAUUGAUGUAAGCGUGCCGUCUUUAAUCAAAAUCUUUGUGAAAGAGGUUAUGAAUCCCUUUUACUGCUUUCAACUCUUUGCUCUUAUUCUGUGGGCCUUGGAGGACUUCUAUGAUUAUUCUAUCGUCAUGGCAGUCAUCUUUCUGCUCUCAAUAGCUGCAUCUCUGUACACUAUCAGAAAGCAACAUGUGCGGCUUCAUAACAUGGUGGUCCAACACAGUGUGGUGGUAGUUUCAGUUUGCAGAGGAAAAAAAGACUUUGAAGAGGUGUUGUCGACAGAGCUGGUGCCCGGAGACGUCCUGGCCAUUCCGGCCAAUGGGAUGGUAGUGCCGUGUGAUGCGGCGCUCAUCUCUGGAACCUGCAUUGUGAAUGAGAGCAUGUUGACAGGGGAGAGCGUCCCCGUCACCAAGACCAGUUUGCCAAAUUCAGGCGAGGCGGCGAGCAAGAGGUACACUGCGGAAGAACACAAACAGCACAGCAUCUUCUGCGGCUCACGCGUGAUCCAAAGCCGUUACCGCGCCGGCGAGCCGGCCAAGGCGGUCGUCGUCCGAACGGGUUUUAGUACGGCAAAGGGCCAGCUGGUGCAUUCCAUCCUCUACCCCAAGCCCACUGACUUCAAACUGCACCGUGACGCCACGCAGUUCCUGAUGGGCAUGGUGGUCGUGGCGAUCGUCGGCUUCGUCUACACCGUGGUGGUCGACGUUCUCAACGAGGUUCCUCUACGAGGCAUCAUUUUCGACUCUCUGAACAUCGUCACCGUGGCCGUACCCCCGAUUUUACCCGUGGCCUUGGCCAGCGGUAUUGCGCACGCGCAGCACCGCUUAAAGCGACUCGGCCUCUUUUGCGUCAGUCCGCAAAGGAUCAACAUAUGUGGUCAACUCAACCUGCUCUGCUUUGACAAGACCGGAACACUUACGGAAGACUGUUUGGACCUUUGGGCUAUUCAGAGAGCCCAAGGUGGCACCUUUUUACCUCGGGACACUGAAGUAGCGACAGAGGAUCUGCUAAAGACUUCUUUUGUUGCGUGCAUGUCCACCUGCCAUACGCUAACCACCGUAGAGGGCCAACUCUGCGGAGACCCAUUGGACCUCAAGGUGUUCACUGCCACCGGCUCGAUUCUCGAGGAGCCGAAAGAAGAACACGCAGCGCUUUACAAUACUCAUAUAGUCGCUCUGGUGCGACUUCCGCAGCAGUCCGGAGAGUUGGGCAUAGUGCAUCAGUUCCCCUUCUCGUCAUCGCUGCAAAGAAUGACCGUGCUGGUCCGACGGCAAAGACAAACAGAUUUGGACAUCUACCUGAAAGGCGCGCCGGAGACUGUGGCCAAACUCUGCAAAGCGCACACGGGUCGGUCCGGAGUCAUCUUUGCGACUUGGCGAGCGAGCUCCCGAAUGACGGUCCCUUGUAUUGAAGUCCCAGAGAGUUUCGGAGAGAUUCUGGAGGCCUACACCCGGCAGGGGUUGAGGGUUAUCGCCCUGGCACAUCGCCAACUGGAGACGGAACAACUCUCCCUUGCAGAAAUCCAGAGCCUCGAGCGAGAGCAGAUGGAGAGCAACAUGGACUUCCUAGGUUUGAUCAUCAUGCAGAACAAAAUCAAAGAGCAAACGGCAGGCGCUUUGCUCGAAUUACGACAAGCCGACAUUCGAACUUUGAUGGUGACAGGUGACAACCUGUUGACCGCCAUAUCUGUGGCUCGAGACUGCGGGAUGGUUCGAUCCCACGAGAAAGUCAUCAUCGUGGACGCCGCGCCGCCUCACGAGAGCCACCCUGCUCGCGUGACUUGGCACUACUCUGGCAACUCUCUUCUCAAAAAUAAUCAGAUAGCGACCGAUUUGAACUCUGUCGUCAAGAUGUGCGAGAUCAACUUUGACGACGCCAAACUCGAUGGGAACUAUCACUUGGCCGCGAGCGGCCGAGACUUCGCCGUCAUCGCCGAGCACUUCCCGUCACUUCUUCAAAAGCUUCUCCUGAGGGGAACAGUGUUUGCCCGCAUGUCUCCGAAUCAGAAGACUCAGCUGGUGCAAGCCCUGCAGAGCAUGGACUACAUUGUUGGGAUGUGUGGGGAUGGUGCCAAUGACUCUGGGGCUUUGAAGAAAGCUCACUGUGGGAUCUCUCUGUCUGAGCUGGAAGCCUCGGUGGCUUCUCCCUUUACUUCCUCCAUCCCGAACAUCUCCUGCAUUCCUAACCUCAUUAGAGAGGGCCGCGCUGCUCUUGUCACAUCUUUCUGCGUCUUUAAAUACUUGGCCCUCUUCAGCACAGUCUUUUUCUGCGGCAUGACUCUGCUCUACUGGGUUCUCACUAAUUUUGGAAUCUACCAGAUGGCCUUUAUUGAUACCGGCAUCUCUUUCUUUGUUGUCUUUUCAAUGUGUCUAAGCCCCGCUUGCGAGAAGCUGGUACGGCAAACCCCGGCGACCAGCCUGAUCUCCUGCUCUGUGCUUUUCUCCGUCGUAUCGCAGUUCCUCAACUGCCUCCUCUUCCUGCUUGUGCCUUUUUUAUUAGUUCAACAACAGAGUUGGUACGAGCCGCCCGUGCCCAUCUUCUUCACCGAGGGCGCGCUGAACAACUCCACUGUGGCUCCUCCGGACCAAGAAGGGCCCGACAACGUGACCGAUGUGUAUAACGUCAGGAACUUUGAAAACACCUCCAUCUUCUAUGUUUCUGCCUUCCAGUUUUUGACCUUAGCCAUCACCUUGUCCAAGGGAAAACCCUUCAGGCAACCAUUUUAUAAGAACUGGGUCUUUAUGUUGUCAGUCUUAAUUCAGUAUGCCCUACUCUUGUUCUUCUUGCUUCAACCAAUUCCCGCUGUAGACGAUGUGAUGCAGAUUGCAGAUGUUCCUUAUGGAUGGCGCAUAACGAUCCUCAUCAUUGCUGUAGCGCACGCUCUUGCAUCUUUCAUACUGGAGAUUUUAAUCCCUGACACCUGGAGGAUCAUUACAGCCAAUCUGCAGAAAAAGGGGAACGAUCAAGCCUCCGAUGCUAACACCAAGAUGGUGACUAAGCACCGAAGCUGGGCCUUCUUCUCCUGGGUCCUGUGUUGUAAAAAGCGCCCCCCGAAGUCCAAAUACAAGCGUGUGGCUCUGGAGCUGCGGACGGAGCCGGACUGGCCUCCCGUGCCCUCCGCCGUCACCUACGCCGACGGACCUCGCUCGCGCACCUCUGUUGACCUUUGAAAGCCACGCGGCCACUAUGGGAAGACGACUUUUACAAAUGUGUCGGUCUCAAAAGAAUUUGAGUCCGACCAAAGUGUACGGGGCGGGGCGGGGAGGGGCUGGAAGAAUGCAAGAGGAAACGAGAAAUGCAAGUUGAAAGGCAACUACCCGUCACGAUUGUAGCUCAAGUCAAACCAUGUGAAAAUGUGCCUAAGCCCCUGGGGCAAUGGUGAUUGACAGCUUGAAAGUGGAAUCUCACAUUUAAACAUGGACCCCUUUCCCCACAUUAAAGCAACCACCCGGAGCCACAAUUUUUUUUUUUUUAAUUCCAAUAAAGCUACACUGC